CUUCCAACAUGGCCUCUCACUGACAGCUGUGGGGCUUCCAUUAUCUAAUUGACUGCUGUCAACGGGCGAGAGAUCGUCUCCAGACAGCUUUAUUCUGUUUGAACCUCUGUAUGAAAUUGUACGAGAGCGACCCUGGUCAUAAACCAGAAAUGAUAAUAUAUUUUUAAAAUACAGAGUCACACCCAUUGUAUUAGAAAAAAAUAAUCGAAAAAGAGGCGAAAGAGAGAGAAGAGGGGGUGAGAAGGGAGAGCUCAGCUCAGUAACCUGCAGUGUCGACGCUCCUUACCAGGGCGACGUUCACAGAUAUUUAUUUAUUUAUUUAUUUAUUAUUGACAACAUAAUAGGUGUGUAGCUAGCACAGUAGUAUGGACCGUUGUUUUUUAUGAGCUGCCUCGUUGUCUAGGCUUUUCUUUAUGUUCGACCUGUCUGGUGUUUUUUUCGGGGGAGAGAGAUGGGCUCGCCGGCUCUGGACUCGUCUCAGUGGCUGUCGGUGAAGGAGGAGACGAUUUUCCUUCAUGACGGGCUGAUUCGUGUCACCGACCUGGCCGAGCUUCCCAGCGAGAUCGGGGUCUCGGAACCGGGGGACACUGAGCAGGAGAUCUUGACGUUCGAGACCAAGAACCCCACGGAACUCGCUGAGCGGCUGCGCACGGUGUGUGGUAACCAGAGCAACGCCUACGCGCGGCUGCUGGAGUACCGCCUCAAUGCGCUGCGCGGGCUGUGGAAUGCACAGAGACAGCUGGCCCUGGAGGAGCAGCAGGAGCGGGAGAGCUCGGGGGACGAGGAGACGGUGGCCUUGCUCAAACGGCAGGGCCUCCUGCAGCAGCCCGAGCAGGCCCCCUUCACCUCCCGCAUGGGGCUGCUGCUCGUCUUCCCACUCAUCCAGUCCCAGUCGCGCACCGACCCAGCCCUCUGCAACAUCACUGCCGAGGUGCUGCUUGCCUGCCUCCGUGACUGCCAGCCCCUGAGCCUCACCAAAGAGCCUGCGGACUGCCUCAAUGGCCUGGAGUCCCUGCUCUGCUCCUGGCUGGAAGACCACACCAGCUCCGGGGAGCACAUCCUGCAGAAGCAAAAAGAGAAUGCAGCAGCAGCGCUCGUCGCUCUGGCCUGCGCAAGGGGGUCGUUAAAAACCCUAAUUCACACGGUACACCUGCUUCAGAAACAGACUGAUUUGGGGUAUUUGCCUGUUGCAGAUGUACUCUAUAGGUUAUUGGUGUUGGAAGGUGGACCCGGGUCCCCGUCCUGCUUGCUGGGGGGCAAACACAUGGUGUCCUGGGGCUUUGAGGACAUGCUGCCGGUACCUGACAACAGCAGCGGCGCCGGCAGUGACAGCAAAGACACAGAUUUAGGGCGUUCUCUUGGUACAGAUGGAUGUUAUCUCUAUACCACAAACUCAUUUGGAAAGGGAAUCAGCAAGCUUGGCUCAGGACUGCAUGGGACCUUACGUGGUUUUGUGUACUGCCGCAAUGAAGAGCUGGAAGCCGGUUGGGUUUCCUUUAGCAACUGCAGACUCCUUCACAGGCCUGUCUCCUUUGAUAACAAACCUCAUUACCUUUUCCAGGUCAUCGACCAGUUCACCCUCCAGGUGUGCCAGAUUGUCCCUAUGCCGGUGAACCACUUUCCUGUUGGCAGCAGCAUGACCACUGUCCAUCUCUGCUCUGAUGGCUCCUACGUCUACUGGAUCUGGUCUCCGGCAAGCCUGAAUGAAAAAACACCAAAAGGACACUCUGUGUUUAUGGAUGUCUUUCAACUAACAACGCAGAAUGGUGUCUGUGCAGCAAUCCCGCUCCAUGAGCGCAUCAUUCUGAUGAGAAAAGAGGGGGAGUCGUCCAAGUGUCUGAACGAGCUGCUUCUGAGCCGCAUGUCCCGUUUCAGAGCCUCCCACUCCGCCACACUGGCUGCGCUCACAGGGUCCGCAAAAACGGUCAACACAAGCUGUGGAAUACCCCUGAAGACUCUGCGCAGGACCCCGAUGUACACCUGCGGAACGUACCUGGUCAUGCUGGUGUCACCUCCAGGGGUAUCGGGGAGCUCCGCCACACGCUCACUGUUUGGGGGUGCCAGUGGGUUGUCAUCUCUGAAAAUCCUGGCCUCUAGCCUGGUGUUUAACAUUUCUGACGGACAGUUCACAAGCCGCGCUGACCUCAUAGAUGCCACUGGGAGUUCUCUUGGUCGUGGUGCUGUGGUUUCAGGACUUGGUGCCUGCUAUGAUUCCAUGAAUAACCUGAUCUGGACGUGUUCGAAUGACUAUAUGGAUCAAUGGUGUAACCCAGGAAACCAGGCUUUCCACCAUGUCUGCCAGCGUCUGGGCGUCAGCCACAUCAUCACAGAACCGCAAGUAGAGACAGUUGCCACCACUGAGGUGAUUAACCAGUUACUGCACCACGUGGGAGCCAUGUGUAUCCACCAGCUAAACAUCCUGGCUGCCAGCAGAAACGUACCAAUCAGCAGCUUCAUGGGAAAGCAGCACCCAAUAGAAGCACAGCAUUUCAGCAGCAUCUGUGACAUCAUGGAGAAGGCCAUGGUCAACAAGGACACAUGCAUCAUCCGCUGUAUUCUUGUAGUCUUUCAGGUGGUGUUCACAUUUUUCUUCAACCCUCAAACGGAGCGGAAUCGAGAGACUGUGCGCCGCUCGGGUCUUCUACUCUGGCAGUUGUUGAUGGCACCAAUAGACCAGAUCGGCGCCGAAAUCCAAAAGGAGGUCUGCCUAGCAAUCAGCUCUGGAUUAAACACAUUGUACCCAGGGGAGGCAGAAUUUAACAACUUGCUCAAAUUGGUCUUGACGGAAGGAGAGAGAAACACUGGUUUGUCUCGGCUCCGAGAUGUUAUCCUGACUAACCUCGCCAAUCAGCUACAGAACAACCGAUUUGGAAGUGAAGAAGAUGAACACUAUAGGCUGAACGAUGAGCUGCUUCACUAUAUCCUGAAAACCGUGGUUCGAGAAUCCUGUAUCCUCAUCACCAAGUGCCAAACAGUCACCAAGGAUGACUUUCAGAAGCUUCUCUCCACAGUGCCAUUCAUUAACAGGGUGAUGGAGGCAGUUCCCCUCACUGUACCUGCAGAGGGCGCCAUUGCGCUGCCUGCCGACACCAAAGCCCUGCAGAGGCACCUUUGUGUGGUGCAGCUGGCCCGGUCCCUGGGCCUUCACCACGCCAUGGACCGGGAGCACAAACUCGGCUUGAUUCACGAACUGAAGACGAGGUACCGACACGGGCUGGAAUUCGGUAAGCUGAGGCUUCCUUCAGGAAAGUCCAGCUUGAAAACUGAACUGCAGUACUCGGAUGCAUAUUGUCUUCUUGCUGCCCACGUGUUAAUCGAUAUGUGGGCUGAGACUGGUGAGGAGUGGUCUCUGUGGCAAUGUCUCAGACUGUUGGAAGAAGGUCUGAUUCAAAGCCCCUCCAACGCCCAGUUUAAGCUGCUACUCAUUCUCAUCUUCUGCCGACUGGGGGCAUUUGAGCCUGUUGUGGAUCUUUACUCUAGCCUGGACGCCAAGCAUGUGCAGCACGAUACCAUAGGGUACCUGCUGACGCGCUACGCAGAGUCCUUGGGUCAGUUUGCUGCUUCUUCUCAGUCCUGUAAUUUUUCACUCAGGUUUUUCCACUCCAACCAAAAAGAUACCUCAGAAUAUAUCAUUCAAGCAUAUAAGUAUGGUGCAUUUGAAAAAAUCCCAGAAUUCAUUGCCUUCCGGAACAGGCUGAACAGCUCGCUGCAUUUCGCUCAAGUUCGCACGGAAAGGAUGCUGUUAGACCUUUUUCUCGAAGCAAAUAUAUUGUCCAGCUUGGAGGAGAAUAUUAAAUCCAUGGGUCUGUGUCCUGAAGAGGAUGAUAUUCCCUGGAAUGAUAUGAGGGACAAUCGGGAUUUGACUGUUCUUGCCAGCUGGGAUCCAAAGGACAGGCAGCUUUCUGAAGAGCACAGGCGCUGGUCCCUGGAGGAGGAGACGCUGUGGCUGCGGAUUCGCUCCCUUACCCUGCGCCUGAUCGCUGCCCUGGCGACUCUCAAUCACACCGUCGAACCAAACAACUCUCAGAACGGAGUGGAGUGCAAACCCAAGACGCUGCGCUCACUGCUCAAACAACUGCACUUUGCUCUGGAGUCAGGGAAGAGCUUUUCAGAGAGGAACGUGCAGUACCCAUUUCUUGGCCCUCCCUCCACGCGCCUCGCCCCCGCCCUCGCCAGCGGGUGCUUUCAGUGUCAGACGAGCGCCUUCCAGUUUGUUAGUGACGUGUAUGAUCUGGACUCAAACGGCUUGGGCGACACAACCGAAGUCCAAGAAAGCAUAGGGAACAGUUUGAAAUCUUUAUUAGCACAGUUAAAAGACAUAUUUAAUAAAUGCAAAGGGGAUCUACUGGAAGUUAAGGACAGCCAGUGUAAAACCAAACCCUCCAUUUUAGAAAAUCUAGUCUUCUUUGUUGAGACCAUCUCCAUCGUCCUGUGGGUGUCGAGUUACUGUGCUAAUGUCCUUCGGCCUCUGAAGUCCAAUUUACAGAAAAAGAAGAAGAAGAAAAAGGAGACCAAUACAGCAACGCCUCCUGUGUUUACCCGUUACCAGGAAUAUGUUGCAUCGCUACAGACUUUACUCUCCGAGGCUCUUGAUCACAUUAAAGGGCUGGAAAUUACUCUCACUGCACUGAAGCUUGAAAGCCUGUCUCUGGAGGACAGCGCACUGUCUGAGGCUGAGAGGAAGUUUACAAAGGCCGUCAGAGGGAAGGUUCAAAGCAGCUACCAGCGUUCCCUGCAGGAAGUUGGCGAGCUCCUCAAGAAGAGACUGGACACCCUGAAAAGCCUGAAGAUCUGAUUGGCUCCAGCAAGUUGAUCUGAGCUAUCGUCAGUGCCAGUCUGUCCACCUGCGAAAUCCCGAACUUCCUCCUUGAACGCAUGAAGGACUUGUAAUCUUAAAAACGUUUUUAGAAUAACUACUCCAAAUAAAUUAUUGUACAUAAAGUCCACAGGAAACAAAACAGAAAAAGCUCCUGGACUGGGACACUUCACUUUUUUUUUCAAUACAUAUUCAUGAGCAUAUACCAACACGUUGUAUACAACCCUGUCUCCACGGAUCUUCGAUAUCACUGGGGGUGGGGAAGUACAGUUAGAAGCUUUUGUAUAGCCAUGUAUGUAGGGUGAAUAGCAAAAGAGACGAGAAGAGCCUUCAUCCAUUGAAAGGUGUUUAAUUUAUUGACUCUUAAUGAAAAGAGUGAAUUGUUACUCUGGAGCUCAGAAUGUCUUUUUUUUUAAUUUGUAGGAGCUUGCAGAAAACUUAAGCUGGGCCAGCAAUAACAUACAAGUUUGCAUUUUUUAAAACAAAGCUACGCACCACACGACCCCGCACUGCAGGGCAUGAACUGUUAGAGCACCAAAAAAGGGUCUUCAAAUUGGAAGGAUCAAAAUACACGAAAUCAGCUGGCGGCCUUUCAUAGUUUGUUUAAACUCUGAGAAACAGAUCCAGGUUCUGUAACGUUUUUGUUUCUUUUCUGACUCUACAUUUAUCCUGUAACUGAAAAUGUACACAGUGCAAUAACGGUGCCUGUCACAGAAUUGCCCAAACUGGGAGGAUUUUAAUAAAUAAGUGACCAGUUUUCCAAA